CGAAGCAGCUGGUUGACUGGUUGAUGGUGGAGCUUCCUCUCGCGACCCUCUCCUUCAUGACACCUUUGUGCAUCUCCGCUCUCUUCACUGCGGCCCUGCGACACUUAGUGAGCUAUUGAGGGUGUAUAUGACUUUUUGGAGGCAUGGCAUGGUCUGGGAACUCCACGCCUUCCAACAGCGCCUUCUCACGCCUGCGCAAUGUCCGUGACCCAGACCUCAGUUCCUCAGAAGAAUGUCUAGUCUACACCCCAGCCCCUGGUGGAGGAAAUAAUGGUGGAGGAACGGCACACAGCUUCGUUCCCCAUUCUGUAACCACAUCUCCCGGGAGGCCAUCGAACCACCAAGCAAAUAUUGCUCACUCAUCUCCCUCUCCCCUUCCUUCAGGAAGUAGUACAGAGAGUAGUGCUUCUGCUCCACCACCAUCCCCAGCAUCGCCACCUUCGCACCCGAGCCAUGUUAGCGUGAACAGCACAGCCGGAUCACUGAGGAGGGCUGGCAUCCCCCAAUCCCCUGUAGUCCCACACCCAGUUAUUGGCCCCCCCAAUAACCCUGCAAUCCUCCCACCCUACCUCCCCUCACAGCCCCCUGCCUCCCCCUCAGGCUUACCCCCUGCCGGCCCUCCUGUUGCCCCUCCUGGUGCCGCCAGUCCUCCCUCUCCUCCUCCUCCUCCCCCUCCGCCGCUGCCUCAGCCAGCUUCAGCACCUCUGCCAUCACAGGUACCAUCCUCAUGCACCACACCACCACCACCUGCUUCAGCCAAUACCACAGGCACCACAACUACCAGCAGCGAUCCAGCCCAAGUGUCCAAUGCGCCCUCGGGUGGUUGCAAUAACCCCCCUGCUACCACCAGUACCAAUACAUCCUCUACUACUACCACUAGCACAGCUACUCCUGGCACCAAUAAUGGAGGACCCAUGUAUAACUGGCAAGCCACCAUGACUACUGUUAAGGAAAGAUUUGCAUUUCUGUUCAACAAUGAAAUAUUGAGUGAUGUUCAUUUCCUGGUCGGCAAGGGAGACUCAAGGCAACGUAUUCCAGCCCAUAAAUUUGUGCUGGCAGUUGGCAGUGCUGUUUUUGAUGCCAUGUUCAAUGGGCAGUUAAGUACCCAUCAGGAUGAGAUUGAACUGCCAGACGUAGAGCCACAGGCCUUCUUGGCACUCUUGAGAUUCUUGUACAGUGAUGAAGUGCAGAUUGGACCAGAAACGGUGAUGACUGUUUUGUACACGGCAAAGAAGUAUGCAGUUCCAGCUCUAGAACAAGCCUGUGUAGAUUUUCUCAAGCGAAACCUCUCCUCAGAUAAUGCAUUUAUGCUUUUGACCCAGGCUCGCCUCUUUGAUGAGCCCCAACUGGCUGCCCUGUGCUUGGAGACAAUUGACAAAAACACUGAAGAUUCACUAGCGGCUGAAGGGUUCACAGAUAUUGACCAUAAUACCCUGUGUCUGGUGCUAGAGAGAGAUACCUUGAGGAUUCGAGAGGCCAAGCUAUUUCAAGCAACAGUCAGGUGGUCAGAGGCAGAGUGUGAGCGUGAGGGCCUAUCUGUAACUAGUGCUAAUCAGAGACAAGAGUUAGGCAGAGCUCUGUCUCUCAUUCGUUUUCCUCUCAUGACUGUGGAAGAGUUUGCUCAGGGACCAGCACAGUCAGGCAUUCUUACGGACCGUGAGGUUGUCCAGCUCUUUCUCCACUUCACGGUCAAUCCAAAACCCCCGGUCAACUUCCUAGAUGUUCCGAGAUGCUGCAUGACUGGCAAGGAGCAGACAGUGUGUCGCUUCCAGCAGAUUGAGUCCAGAUGGGGCUAUUCUGGAACAAGUGAUAGAAUUAGGUUCAUAGUUGACCGUCGUAUAUUUGUUGUGGGUUUUGGGAUGUAUGGGUCCAUCCAUGGGCCUUCAGAGUAUGAGGUGACCAUCCAGAUCAUCCAUACAGCAACAGGAAAGGUGUGUGCAAGCAACGACACAAACUUUACAUCUGAUGGUUCUGUGAAUACAUUUCGUGUCAUGUUUAAGGAGCCCGUUGAGGUGCUGCCCAACACUAACUACACUGCUUAUGCUACACUGAAGGGUCCAGAUUCUCACUACGGAACCAAAGGAAUGCGUAAGGUGGCAGUGGAAUGUCCAUCAGGUGACAGAGCAACCUUCCAGUUCACAUAUGCAGCUGGAAAUAACAAUGGUACAUCCGUUGAAGAUGGACAGAUCCCAGAAAUCAUCUUUUACACUUAGAUAUGAUAAAAGAAUGGAGAACCAAAAAAGAAUUAUGGUUGUGUAAUAUAUUUGAUACGUACUGCAGUCCCUGCAGAUAACAUAUUUGCAAUUUUUUUAGUUAGUAGUAAUUUUUUCCUCUUUUUCUCUUUUUUUCUUCUUCUUUUUUCUCUCUUUCUUUUUGUUUCUUUUCCUUUUUUUCUUUUUCUUUUUUUUUUCUCUCUCUUUUCCUUGCUAGAUACCAGCACUGUAUUAGGUUGGGGAGAUAGGGGUUCAUAAAAACAAUGGUUAUGUUCAUGCCUUUGGUUAUGAUUUAGAUAACUUUGGCAGGGGAAGAAGUCGUAAAGGUGAGAGUUCUUGGACGUGUUAAGUCAUUAUUACACAGUGCUAAUGAUACCAAAUCAUGCUUUGCAUUGGACUGGGAAAACCUUAUAACUACAGAAACUUAUUUUACAUAGAAAAUGUGCCAUAUAACAGCUACUGUAACUAAGCCUCUGUAAACUGAUUUUAGUAUACUAGAGACCUACUUUAGAAAAAGAAAAGAAACAAAAAUCUUUCCCCUAUUUCCUUUUGGUUAUAUUUGAGAUUCUUGGAGGAUUAAAAUAAAGGUAGGUUAGGGGUGUUCAGUAGAGGGAACAUAGUGAUGUUACUGGGGCAUAGAACCAAAAAUUUAUAUAUUAGUAAAAGAUGCUUGAAUCUCAAAAGUGUCCUGAUGAUGAAAAUUGAAUAUUUAAAAGGGGAAGUAAGAGAGGUCUUUUUAUGUUAAUGAUAAUAUGCCAAUAUUUCUGGUAUGGUGAUUUUGCAAAAAGUUGUUGUAAUAAACCAUGACACUUUGCUCAAUUUGAAUAUUUUUUUUUUUUUAUAUAACUUGCCAUAACAAACAAGAAAGCGUUUUUUUUCUGUAAAAAUAAAAGAUAUAUGAAAAUAUUGAGAAUGUGGCAUUUAAAUAUGUAUAAGAUUAUAAUUUGGUAAAACCACCAGUUAUUUUGACAUAGCAUAAAAUGAGAGGGCUCAGAAUACAGACAAUUUAAUGUAGUCAAAUAAGAAUAUCAAUGUAUUUGUCAACAAGACUUGUAUAAUAUGUGUAAUGUUGAUCAUGAUGGUCCUGAUGAUAUUUGUAGGAAUGGGUAAAGUGACUGUGAUGCAUGUAACCAUUAUGGUGGACAAAUAGUGAGGAGUUAUUGCUCAUAUUUAUUUUUUGAAAUAGCGGCUCUGCAGCAAAAGAAAAUAAAGUACUAUAUAAACAUCUUGAGUAUCUUGAAUGAUUUCAAGAAGUGUAGAAGUGUAUGAGUUUGAUGCAGUUGAAGGUGCUCUGAGUAAAUAAACUGUGUGAACCAAGAAUAUUGUUGUUAAGAAAUUGAGUGACUUGCUCGAUAGAGAUUGAAUUACAUGCAGUUUGUCCAAGACAGCUUUCAGGAUAGUCUGUGUGAUCUUUUGAAUCUGAUAGGUAGAUGGUUGUGUAUUUGUGUGUCUAGUUUUGAAGUUAAAGACAGGUCAAGGCAAUGUAUUAUAUAUGUUGCUGAUGUUUGUUCAUCUUGAUUAUAAAAUGAUUUCCUGAAGGGUAACAAAUAAAUAUUUGUGUAUAGAAUAUGGAAAUGUUAACUCAUAGGUAUAUCAGUGUGUUUGUGUUUACUUACCAGCUUGUACAAAUAUAUAAAUAUAUCACUCAUAUAUACAAGCUGAUCUAUAUACAUACACACCUACAUAUGCAUACAUAUAAAUAUAAAUAUACACAUAUACAUGGUCUCAUAUAGCAUCUGAGAACUCCCCCUGUAUCACACAAUAUACAUAUGCACCUACAUUUACAUUCACAAACACAUAUAUGUGUAUAUUUAGUUUUUUGUAUGCAUAAGUGCAUCUGUGUAGACACUUUUUCUGACUCCGACGCCUUUUAGGAAUAUCAAUGGACCAAGAAUCUCUUCUCUUAAAUGUCGAUAGUAAAUGCUGUCUUUGGUGUCUUUUUUGUCUUGAAGGAAGAUAUUAUUGACCAUAUCUGAAUGAAUUAUGUUUAGCAAAGAUAAUUCAUUGAUGAAAAUGUUAUAUUCUCUGUAGGAGGGGAUUUGUAGGCAAGACCAAUUAUUGUGGAAUUAUUGUGAUGUCCAGAAUUGUAGUGAUGAUUGCUCUUCCAUGUUAGUAUUAUUUUCUUCUUCCUUCUCUUCUUCUUCUUCUUCUUCUUCUUUCUUCCCCUUGCUCUUUCUCCUCCUCUUUCUUUUCCUCUUCUUUUCCUUCUUCCUCUUCUUUUUCUUCAGUGUAUGAGACUGGUUCAUACAUCUGCAGCCAAGUGAAAGAUAUAUUAGAAAAAAAAAAUUAUCCUUAAAAAGUAAAAAUUUCUAGUGACACACCUCAUACUUUCAACAUUUUAAGAUGUGUUCCAAGUCCUAGACAGUUUCAUUUACAUGAUGUCUUAUGCUGCAGAAGGGAUCACCAAAACAAAGAAGAAGUAAGUAGUCAUAUGGUGCUGCAAGUUCAUACUCACAUGGUAUCACAGGCCAGUGUAGUUGUCGAGAAGGAUCCAAGGGAGCCUUAAUUUUACUGUGAGUUUUCACUCAGUUAGUGUGCUUUGAGUUCCUCCAGUAUGGUUGUGUAUUGCAUCUAAGUAUAGAUUCACUCUUUUUUUUUUCUGUCUGUCUCUCCAGUAUGUAUAUAGAGAAAAAUAUGUUUUUGUUAUCAAUAUAAUCACUUGAUGCUCUCUUGUAUAUCCCAAAUAAUGCUAAAGUCCAAGUCAGGAGUAAAUGCAAAAGCAUACGUAUUUUUUUUCAUAUAUAUCUCAGGUCUGUGUUACAGAUUCAUGUACUUUGAUGAAGUAUGGAAGAUUUCAUAGCAAGUGAACAUGUCCAAAGCAGUAACUGCUUCAUUAUAAAUAAAAAUUGAUUGUCAUCCAAUGUAUACAUAUAUGAAUAAACACACACGCACACACGCACACGCACACGCACACACACACACACACACACACACACACACACACAC